AUGACACUCUCUGGGCCCAAGCAAUCCAAAGUCCAAAGCCAGAAUUCUGGCGCACCACUCACCAACUUCUCCUGGAACGAGAAGAAUCCCCACUACAUAGUCACCUCUUCCAUCGAUACGACAUGCACAGUCUGGAACUUGGAUACAUCCAGCGCAAUGACCCAACUCAUUGCCCACGACCGUGAAGUGUACGACGUUGCUUGGCUGCCAGGGUCAACGGAUAUCUUCGUAUCAGUCGGUGCAGAUGGGAGCUUGCGCGCUUUCGAUCUGCGAAGUCUGGAGCACUCUACUAUUCUCUACGAAACCCCAGCUCCAAAGAACGUCCCCCCACCCUCAGCUUCCCCAUCAGCCAGUGCUCGUCCUCCCACUUCACCUCUCCUCCGAAUUGCAUUCAACCCCGCCGACUCGAAUUACAUGUCGACUUUCCACAUGGAUGGAAACGAGAUUCAGAUCCUUGAUAUGCGAAGUCCAGGCCAGCCGGUGAUGGAGCUUAGAGGUCACGCGGCUUCAGUAAACGGUCUGGCAUGGGGUGCGGGCGAACACCCUCUCCUAGCAACCUGCGCUGAUGACUGCCAAGUCCUGCUCUGGGAUCUCUCCAACUAUACCCAAGGUCCAGCUUCACCACGCAGCGCAGGUUCUCGCCUCAACUCGCCUCGUCCCGACGCCAAGAAGAAAGUCAUCUCAGAUCCUUUCAUGGCUUAUACAGCCAGUAGCCAAGUCACCAAUUUGGCCUGGUCUCCUGUGAUCCAGGGUCUACAGAUGAACACGGGUCACUCGACAAGUACCGGGGAAUGGCUGGCAAUCGCCUGCGGAAAGUCGAUAAAGGCUCUCAAAGUCUAA